AUGUCCACUGCUCGCGAAGGCGAAGGAAGCCCCUUUCAUAAUAUCCCGGUGGUUUUGCUUACCAAAGACGAAGCUCGUGGACGCCGCACAGAGGACCGUGACUUAUACUCAUCCGGACAACUGUUUCCCGUAGAAAUCAACACGGAAAUCGGAGCCAAGAAAGCCGACCGCAUCUUUCAUGUCAUCAACAAGCUCGGGCACGGAACCUACGGCACCGUCUGGCUCGUUGAAGACACCCAGCCCCCCGCCAAUGCUCCGUCACGAUGGAAAGCCAUCAAGAUGCACCGUCAAGGCACUGCCGACACCGACCUGCAAGUGUCCAAGGAGUUCAAGCGUGCCGGUAUCAGCCCCGAAAAAGCGCUCACCGAGUAUCAGGUCGCCAUUCCGUACGAACAGUUCCCCAUCAGAGGGGGGCCCGGUGGCAAGACGACCUAUACUUGCUCGGUGCUCCCUCUGCUUGGGCCAAGGGUGGAUAAUAGACAAGUUCUUCGUCUUUCGAACGACGAGGAGGGUUCGUGCUCCACUCGGGACGACGGGAACGGUCAGGCCAGCAGCCUGUUUGCCUGUCGACAGAUUGCGCUGGCUCUUCAGAAGCUGCAUAACAUGGGCAUCGCCCACGGGGAUUUCAGGCCGGCCAAUAUCCUGUAUUACCUACCUCACCUGGAUAAGCUGAGUCAAGACGAGAUCAUGCAGGUGUAUGGCCAGCCGGAGGCAGUCGAACUUGAAAAUCCCGAGCCCUUUAAAGAACCAGAUCACCUUGUUUUCCCUGCCAAAUGCGACGUCUACGCCCUCAAAGAAAUCCUGGCUCGCAAAAACUUGGACCUAGGCUUUAUAGGACAGGUCCCUCGCGCGGCCGUGAUCGACAUGGGCUCAGCCUGGCAUCACUCAUGGGAGCCGCGUCACUCGCUGAUUCCCGUCCAUUAUGAAGCGCCAGAGUGCAUUAUCUGCGCGGGGCAUAUUGCCUUCCCAGACAGCCGGGAAUCGGUUGACGGGUGCCUCGAAACCGACGUGCUGGCCGAGAUGGAAUACUUUCUCGGUCCCAUCCCCACAACGUAUCGAAAUGCAUGGAAGGAGCGGGAUGAGGGGAAGAAGACCGUGUUUCCGUCCAAUCCGGCGCAUGUUGGAUUUCUUAGGUAUAGUGCGCUCAAGAAGUGGAGGAAGAGGCAUAAGAGAGCAAAGAGCCCGCUUCAUCUGGUGGUGAUGCAGAGCGAACUGCCAAAAGAGAAGGCGGAUAUGUUUCUGGAUCUCUUGCGGGGGGUUUUUCGGUGGUUUCCUGACCAGAGGAUGUCCCUUGAGGACAUCUUGAGGCAUCCUUUCUUGCAAGUGAAUGGUACGAGCUCAGAGUGA